UGCUUGAACUAUGUUGUUUUUGGGUAUCUUGGAUGUUCCAUUCGUGGAGGCUACCCAAGUGCUUCUAGUCGAGGCAGCAUCCGCUCAAAAUAAUUACCAUGCUUCAUUUCGGCAGUGACAAUGUAGCAAGCGUGGUGCUCAGAAACGCAGUGGUUGAUACGUAUUUUUUGGAUGGUAUCACUUUCGGUGAAUAUCCACGCGUUAUGAUAUAUUGCGGUUCGGUUUCCUCGUCUUCUCUAGCCCUUGGUCUGACUCCUGCAGGGAAAACAGUAACAGAUCAAUUUUUUUUUCUCUGGUUUUGGGAUGUGCCUCCUGCUCUCCUUUUUUCUAUUUCGCUAGUGAUGUGCUUGUCGGCUUGCUUGAGCGCUCUUGAAAUCAAGUUUUUUUUUUUUUUGGUAGUUCUUGAAAUCAAGUUAUUCAAUUUUGAUAGAUGCCCAUUCUGUUUGAUAAACGGAAUCUCAAUAAUAGCGAGUCAAUCUACGGAAGCAAGGGCUGCAUUCCGACGAAAUCCUUUGAAUCUCUUUUGAUCGACCACGUCGGUAGCUAGUACUGAAGAUAAACCUGCUAAAGCCAUGAAUUCUGUCUUGAUAUUUAAUAUUGCAGAAAACCACAAUAUCGACAUGCGCUACAAACGUUCCUAUCCUGCUGAUAGCACACUUCUC